GCAAAAGAAGAGCACCCUCACUGCAAAACCUGAAAGGGGAAUAUAAUACGCUGGUGGCGAAGGCUGAGCCCUAAACCAAGCUAGCAGCGAAGCGAAUUCGAAAAAUUUGCAAAGGCGCCGCCCAAAUUCUGCGAAACAGAUUCAGCUGAAGAAACCCUAGCUGUACGAGGCAUCGGAGUCUCUGCUUCAGAUAGUUGAUUUGCGCGAGGAGUUACUAUUAUUUGCUCGGGUAUGUGUUUACUUCACGCGUCGGUGUAAUUCGUUACCCGAUUCGAGUUCAUGAUUGGAAUUUGGCCUUUUAUCAUUCUAAUUAUGCGUUUUUUAAAAUUAGGCUUUCUAUUAGAUUUCCAAUUCCAAGCUCUCGAAUUUAAAGCUAAUUGUAUCAGUAAAUUUUGUUUGAAUGCAAUUCGUUGAUGUAGGUUUAGACCAAUUUGAUCAAUUUUAAAGUUGGUGGGAAAUUCCAGAAUCAGGCCAAAAUUCGUGGUUUCAGGGACCAAUAUCCCAAGUUUUAAACCUUAAGAAGUCGUGAGAUACAAGUGUAUUUGUAUUUUGUGUCAACCAUUUAUGUAACCUUGAAAGAACUAUUUCAAAAUGGAUAACGAGUUGAGGUGUAAUUAUAAACAGCAUUACCUGGUGUAAGUAGGCCAGUCAUUUUGCUUUUCGUGGUCUCCUGGAGUGGGAGAUGUUGCACACAAUUAAAACUGUAUUCUGAUCCGACUCUGAAUAAACUAGCACCCUUGUGUGGUUUAUGUUCAAUGCAAAUCCAUGUGUAUUCUGGUCUUCUAGUUAAGUUUAAUGAACUGUUGCAAUGUCCGAGUCUUGGUGAUAAUGAUAUAAUUUUGAUGUGCUGCGUUGUUUUGAAAUAUUAUGCGAUAAUCUUUCUUGAAACUUAUAUUUGAAAAAUCUCUCUUUUUUUUGCUGACAAUAGUCCAUGGAAAAGCCUAGGGAAAGAGGUAUCUAUUAGUUUGUUUUGUAUACACUUUUCUUUCAAAUCCCUCAGGCAUAUGUACUGGUUUUUAAACAUGUCUUGUUCCAUAUCAUUUCCCCACAAAUUGAUUCCUGAUGGAUAACUGGCCAUAGUCGCAAAAUCAUCAGCGAGUCUUGUUUGUUCAGGCCAUUUUGUUUUUUUACUAAUAAAUGUUUUACCUCUUACUGAUAUAAAUAUCAUGUCAAGAAAGGGUAAUCAAUACUGGAUCCCUGAAUGUAUACAUAUUUUCCAGGACCAUUUUUUCCACAGCGUAAAGAGGUCUAAAUAAGGUGAAUACAUCAGUAUAUGACAUUAUUGUCUCAUUUCAUGACACACGCUUUGUUUAUGAUAGAUGUCAAGCGCUUGGACAAAUAUGAGCGUUGCAAUCAUACAUAGGGAUGUAGAAUGGGAGUGGGAGAAGUCAGGGUGGAGUUUUUGGUAUAUUUAUAUAAUUGGAAGUACUUGCUCGCUCUCUGGAGAGUAUUUGAUCUGGCAAAAAAUUAGAGGAUGAGGAGAUCAUAUUUUAAUUCAAAUAAAUAAUUGCUUUGGAGUAUCUUGGAGCAUAUGAGCAACGGAGCUUGUGGAGCACUGCUCACCUCAAGGAUUGCUCUCUUGGUUUGCUUCAUAAGUUUUGUUCUUGUUUGAUUUUUUCACUUCAUGUCAAACCAUUCAGAUAAUGACGAAGACAUAUAGGGUUACCUAAGCUGGCACUGUUAACUGAUAUAACUUGUCUACCCAUUCAUAAGUGGUUUCUAUCUGCAGAAUUUUUCUUUGACUUCACCUACAAAGACCAAGAAUGAGUGGCCGAUUCUCUCGCACCAUCUAUGUUGGAAACCUCCCUGCUGAUAUCAGGGAAUCAGAAGUCGAGGACAUAUUUUAUAAGUAUGGUCGCAUCUUGGAUAUUGAACUGAAGAGUCCACCUCGUCCACCUUGCUAUUGUUUCGUUGAGUUUGAGAAUGCUCGGGAUGCUGAAGAUGCGAUAAGGGGAAGAGAUGGCUAUAGCUUUGAUGGCUGCCGUUUGAGGGUUGAACUUGCUCAUGGUGGCAGAGGACCAUCAUCCUCUAGUGAUCGUCGUGGUGGUGGUUAUAGUGAAAGGGGAGGUGGAGGUGGUGGGGGAGGCGGAGGUGGCAGCGGUGGUGGCAGAUUUGGUGUGUCCCGCCAUUCUGAUUAUCGAGUGAUUGUGCGUGGGCUUCCUUCUUCUGCUUCUUGGCAAGAUUUAAAGGAUCAUAUGCGGAAAGCUGGUGAUGUGUGUUUUGCUGAAGUUUCCCGAGAUAGUGAAGGAACGUACGGCCUAGUUGAUUAUACUAAUUAUGAGGACAUGAAAUAUGCUAUGCGUAAGCUUGAUGAUAGUGAGUUCAAAAACCCUUGGACCAGAACUUAUAUCCGGGUGAAGGAAUACAAGGGCAGUCCAUCCCGAAGCCGAAGCAGGAGUCGCAGCAGAAGCAGAAGCCCGAGGAGGAGAAGCAGGUCACUGCCCCGAUCAGCUUCAAGAUCACCCUCAGCAUCGCCUGUCAAACCAUCUCGACCCAGAUCGAGGUCCAGAUCAAGAUCAAGGUCCAAAUCGAGGUCUGCAUCCCCACUUCCGGCGAGGUCCGGCAGUGCCUGAUUUGGAGCGGGACGUGAUGGCUUCAGCUGAAACUUCAUUCGACAUCGAAAAUUAUUAGAACUUGGGGAUGUUUGUUGUUAUCGAUUUAGAGAUCUAGUUUAUUCACAACUUGGAGAGAUUUGUUUGGCUUUAUGGUUUUCUGCGACUAGAUUUACUUUAUUGGCAUUUUGGAUUAGUAUUAUCAUUGCUGUGUUUCCAAGUAUUUUCUGUCAUUAGUUGAAUCAAACAGUAUUCUUGACAACUUUGAAUAUUAUGAAAUUACUACUGUGGACAUCUUGUUUGUUGAUAA